AAAGUUCACCCGAAACGACCAACUACCGAAGAGAUACCAGCAGCUUCGGUCAUCGUUUUAGCAAGAAACGCACUGGAGAGAUGUGAAUACGCUUCACCAAAAGAUGGUUAUCUCAUGCGUCAUUCGCCGCCUCACAUCGUGUUCAUCUCUGUAAAAGAGACUACGCUUCUCCCUGUUCGGAUAUUAAGAUGCGGGUAUUCUCCACCAUCCUCUGAUAAAACCACGAGCGAAAGG